UUGGUUAGUAGAAGGCAAAAGAGAAGACCUCUGAGAUCAUAGGAACAAUGAGGUCUGGCUAGACUUCAGAAACUCCUGAUAUUCUGAGGGCGAAAGGCCAGUGGUCAAGGUGAGAAAGAGCAAGAGAAAUACUAUAAAAGCAGCCUGGCUAGAACUUAAAGCAAAACCAAACCAAGCCAUUAGCAAGAGAGGCUUUAGGAAAGAAAACUGGACUAUCUUUGAAAUGUGAUCGGAAGAGAGUCUUCAGGGCAGAUCAAGUUUAAGAGCUAUUGUUUGAUAUGUAGUAACAAAGCCUUGCUUUUGGUUUUCCCUGCUCUUAUCUUUCCUUGGAGCUUCAGUCUUCUUUGAUAUUGCUUGUCUUUUAUAAGGGUAUUUUGAGACCCUUUACUUAAAAGUCUAGCAGCAGAAUUGCUGAAAACAGCCUCCAUUGUAGCCUCCCUCCAGUGUUCUGUCCUUUGUUAGAAUCCCAUAACGAAUAAUCAGCCAUCCAAAAGGGCAGCUGCAACUUUGCUGUUCACUCUGUACUGUGUCAUCUGCCCCCUACUCCCUGCCUCACUGCCUUCGCUUACACCAGCAGAAACAUUGCCAUUCUCCCAGAGUUGGCAGGAGCACCUUUAUUCUGUGUAUGUGUGGAGAGGGCUGAACCCUCCUCACCGUGUCAAGUCUAUCUCCAUGACAACUUUCACUGAACCUGAAGUAGUAUUCCUGCAGUCUCGUGGCAAUGAGGUUUGCAGGAAGAUAUGGCUAGGUCUAUUUGAUGCUCGGACAUCUUUAGUACCAGAUUCCAGGGAUCCUCAAAAGGUGAAGGAGUUUCUCCAGGAAAAAUAUGAGAAGAAGAGAUGGUAUGUCCCCCCAGACCAAAUCAAGGGGCCCACUUAUACCAAAGGCAGUACUUCCACCCCUGUUCAGGGCUCCAUGUCAGAAGGGAAGGCCCUGCGGACACUUCCAGGUGAUCCCAUGCCAUCUCUCUCAGCUGCUGCCUCCACCUCGAGCCAGUCUGUCAGUGAGUCUCAAGCUCAGACAUCCCAGGCCCGGAGCUCUCAGCCACCUUCCCACUCUUCUGUCAAGAAAGCAAGUACUGACCUGCUGGCUGACAUCGGUGGAGACCCCUUUGCUGCUCCCCAGGCAGCACCAGCUUUUGCUGCAUUCCCAGCCUUUGGAGGCCAGACACCUUCCCAUGGGGGCUUUGCCAACUUUGAUGCCUUUGGCAGUAGCCUCAGCUCUUCUGCAUUUGGAAGCAUCCCUCCAACUGGCCAAGCCCCAUUCCCGGCCCAGCCGACACCUGCAGCCAGUCGGAUGCUAACUGGAAGUUACAGCUCUGGGAGCAGCCAGGUGACUCCAUUUGGUGCCACUCCUCUCGUACCUGCCAGUCAGCCAAACAGCCGUGCAGAUAUGGGCAGCUUCCUGGGACCUGGGGUGCCAGCUGGAGGUAUCCCUAGCAGCAUCUUCGGGAUGGCUGGCCAGGUCCCCACACUCCAUUCUGCCGUGACUGGCAGCGGCAGCAGCACAGGGCUUGCCUUUGGAGCCUUCACCAACCCUUUUGCAGCCCCUGCCGCCCAGCCCCAGCUGCCUUCCACCAACCCAUUCCAGCCCAAUGGCUUGGCCCCAGGGCCCGGCUUUGGGAUGAGCAGUGCUGGGCCUGGCUUCCCCCAGACGGUGCCACCCACCGGGGCCUUUGCCAGCAGCUUCCCACCAGCGCUGUUCCCCCCACAGAGCUCGCUGACUCCACAGCAGAAUGGCUCUUCCUUCCCAGGCUCUUCCUUCGGGGACUUAGGAUCCACCAAGCUAGGGCAGAGGCCACUGAGCCAGCCAGCUGGGAUUUCCACCAACCCCUUCAUGACUGGAUCCUCAUCAAGCCCAUUUGCCUCCAAACCUCCAACCACCAACCCAUUCUUGUAGUACUGUGUCCUUGGGGGCCUCUUCCCUGCAUUCUGGGGCCCCUCUGCUCCCUGUAGCUCUGGUGACCACUUGCCUGUGGGCAUUUCUGUGGGCCUGAGACCAGCAGGGGCCCUGUGCUGCGGGGUCAGGGGCUUGGGGAUGGUGGAGGUGCUGAUGCUUUGCUCCGGGCUUACAGGCGAAGUGGCAGCUCCAGGGUCAACUGCCCCAAAACUCCCUCCCUCCUUCCCUCCCUCCUCCUCCUGCCCCCAUGGGGAGGGAGGCCCAGCAGGAAGGAAGACAGGGCCUUGUGGAGGAGCCAUGGUAUUUUUUUGGACUAUUAAUUAUGAUGACAGCCUUGUCCUCUCACCCCCAUCCCUGUCCGUGGGCAGAGGAAGCUGUGGGCACAGACUGACCGGCCUUCCCCCGUGGGAACAAUUCUUCCCCCAUGCUCGGCUCCCCAGCGCUGUGCUCCACGUGGACAGAGCACAGUGGUGAAACUAGGGUAAAGAUGAGACAUGGUGUUGACAGGGACAGUGACAACACAGCUCUGGGAUCAAGAAAACCUGGGCAGCCUGAGUGCCCUUGGUGGCCCAGCUUGGCCAGCGCACGCUUUCCUCCACCACCCGCCAUUGUUUUGCUUCCCCAGCGCCCCUCCCCGUCCUGGGCACUCAGGAUGAAUAGUUUUACCUGCAUACACACAGGCCCAGCUCCUGUCAAGCACUUUAGUUAGCUGUUGGUGUCAUGUUUGGAUACCAGUGUUUUAUAUUUAUACAUAGAGAGAAUUUUCUAAUAUAGCCUAUUAUAUAUAUAUACACGCACAUACGUACAUAUAUACAUAUAUAUACACACAUCCAGCCUGUCUCCUUCUCCCAAACGUCUCCCAUCUGUGCCUCAACCAUCAAAGCCAGAGCUCCAGGGGUGGGGAGAGGGCAGCCACGUGUCCUGACCACCCCAGAACCUAGGCUUUUCCAGGGAAAGGCUUUGUGCAAUUGGCUGGGUUUUUUUUUUUUUUUUUCCUUUUUCUUUUUUUUCCAUGUGCCUUCCCCGCCCCCAAAUCUCUGCACCAAAGCUCAUUGCAGGCAAUGUUGGAAAAGAACUGCAUUUGAAAGAAAAGGAAAAUGGCUGCCAUGUUCUUGCUUUGGCCCAGCUUGAGGGGCCACAGGUCAGUCAACAUGACUGAUCCUUGACCUGGCUCUGCUGGUCUGGACUGCCUGGGUCGGUGAUGACGCUGUGGUUGGCCAAAGACAGGACAGAGCUAGUCCCUGUCUGAACCGGAGUCCUAUCUUAGCAAUGGGAAGGAACAUGGGUGGGAGGGAGCUACCCCUGCGAGGGGUUGGAGUUCGGUAGAUGUAGUAAGGGGGGCAGUUCCCACUGGGGCUAGAGGUGGGCAAAGGAGGUUAGUGCCAACAUGGAGAUGGAAAUAGACCAUUCCUAUAUCUGGGACAUUCUCUGCACCCCCCAGUCUGUUUCCACCUGGGGAUGUUGUAUCAACAGCCAUGGACUGUUUGUGUGGUGACAAGACAGACUGUGGGGUAAACACUUCACCUGGCUCAGGAGAAGCAGAGGACUCAGGUUUGCUGUUUGGCCCAAGGCCAGGAGAGGCCCUUCCCCUUCCACCAUUGUCCAGGGACUCCUGGCCCUUAGCUGUUCAUUCUUGGGAUUUCUUUGGGUCUUCCACAGAGAACAACAGAAAUGUGGGAAUUGGGUUAUCAGUUUAUUUACUUUGCAGACUUUUCUCGAAGUACCCCUACCUGCUGCUAUUUGCCUUGCCAGGGUUGGCCUCCCUGCCUUUCCAGGGAUUAGUACCCACCCUGUCUGUGUCUGUGUCCCUCCCAGCCUUUACCCUCCUUCUGUCUCCUGGUGGGGCCUCCCAGGGGGUACCAUCCUUUGUUCCCUGGGUUUUUCAUGUUCUCUCUGUUUCCCUUCUCCCAGUAUUUUUCUCUGCCACCUUGAUUAAGUAGGGGUGUCCUCCCUACUUCUGUCACCCAUUCUUUCCUUUCUGCUUAGAGCCAGGAAGGGAGCAAGUUGAAAUCUGUUACAGUGUAAUAGUAUAUUUCCCCACCUCCCUCACCCUUGCGAACUCCAGGAACACUAGGUAGGAAGUGAAAGGACAGGGAGCGGAAGGGCUUCUCACUGUGUUUCCGCCACACCUGUGCUAUCUCCCAGAGGUUUCCUCAUGGCCUAGUGCCUGGCCCAGGUCCUCCCUGCAGACCUCCCUCCCCUCCCAGUCACCCUGUCCGACAUGGACUGCAGCCAGCACACCAGCCAGGGCUGGAUGACCCAUAGGAGAAGUUAUGCCAGGUCAGCCUCAGACCCCAGGGCAGAAAAACCCAGUAGUUCCCUGGGCACAGGCUGAGAGAGGACUGCAGCUGCCUUCCUUGGCUCCAAAGAGCCCCAGCGCCUCGGGCUCCCAUCCUCCACUGAGCCGCCUCUUCUGGCAAGUGGCAAAGAACGGAAAAAUCCCUAGCCUGAUAGGAAAUGUCUAAAUGACAAGGCUGUGUUCCUCCCUGCACAGCCAUGCCUGGUGGCUGCGAAUGUGAACCCACUGCACACAUUAGACUGGAGUGACUCACCCAGGCUCACACCAGCCUUCUGGCAAGUCUCUACCUCAACAUGUGCCCCUGGCCAAUGCUGUGACCAUGUGCUGCAGACAGCAGUCCCCUGGCUAGGCCGCAGCCUUCAGCAGGUCACCUGUGGGCUGCCCCUAUGGGUGAGGAAGCAGGAGCCAGCCCCCAGCUGCUCUCCAUAUUGGAGCCUACCAGGUCACACCUGGGAUCCAUGGGGUGGAUGUAGGGCCUAAAUGUAUGGCUGUUCCCUCAUCCCCCUCCACAGAGUAGUAAGGACUCAGGAUGGGGAGGGAGGGGCACAUGGAACAGCCCAGUGUCCUCCCUGCAGGUUCCUCCCCCUGGUAGCAUUCUUCCAUUGGAACCUAGAACAUGGUGCCCUGCCCCUGACAUGGGAACAAAGGUAGACUGCUCCCCCCCGCCCCCGAGGUUGGGAGAAGCACUCUUGUCCAGCACAGCUGAGGUUCUGCCACUUCCUGUCCCUGGGAGCAACUCAACGUUACCUGGGCUCCAGGCUGAAAUAAAUCUUUUCUAGGUAAGGUCAAGGUCAGUGUUGCCCGGGCAACUGACACAGGGCAGUUAUUUGCAGGCUCUUUCUGGUACCCAGCAGGCCAAAUUACCUGGCAUUGAUCACCACCUCACUCCCACCCCUGCACCCUCCCCACCCCCUGCCCCUGGCUUGCCCAGAUCCCUGCUGCUUCCUGCUUUAGCGUUACCCAGCACUCAGGGCUCAAUGACACAAAAGUGGUUUGGAGCUGGUCUCUGUGACAGCAGCUGUGAUUUCACAAGGACUAGGGUGCUUGUUGAUGGGGAGCAGGAAGGAGAAGGUAUGAAGAAGAGACCCUCCUUGAGUAGCUUCAAAUCAAGCCUAGGGGAGUAAGGCUCCCAGGCCAGGAGCACAGCAGGACACCUGCAGUGUUCUGCUCCUUGAGGUGGCAGCAAGACAUCUUUUGUGUCCCUGCUGCUUCACACACUGCCUGUAUCAAGGCCCUUGCCCACACAGGGGACUAUGGCCUUGAACACAGACCUGUUUGGUGGCCAUUUAUAGAUCCAUUGCAUACCUGCCUCUCCCUGGCCAACACCCACCACAGGGCAGCUGCUGUGGCUCCCCCCUGCCCCCCCCAACCACCUGAGCUGUGCGCCUCUCUGCACCUUGGUGGAGCUUCAGCUGACAGGGGGCAUCUGGAGCAGGUCUUGAGGCCUGUCUGCCCACCAGUCAGGUACCCAUCCCUGUGAUGCUCGUUGGUUUCCUGCAUCACUCUCACCAUGACCUUGGAAGAGGUGUGUGAGGACCCAGGCUCCUUGCACACAGCACACUGGCUUCCUAGUAUGCCAGCUCACAAACAGGCCCCUUCCCCGGGAGGUGGAGAAGUGUGGGUGGGAAGUUCUGCUCUCCCCUGCUCAGGCUGCCCUGGGCCCUGGACUAGUCUGAGAAAAAGAAGUGGGUUCCCUUGCUUCCAUUCUGCUGUUCUAUCUUGUCCCUUACCCGAGGGAGCAUCUCCCUGAAUACCAUCUUGAACAAGAGCCACAUGGUGCCUCUUCUCUCCUGGACCCUUAGUGUCCCCCUUUAGGAAUUCUAUUUGCCUGAAGAAUGGUAUCAUCAGGUCUUCUAAGGCCUCACCAUG